CUUAUUUGUACCCAGUUAAAGCAGACACGCACAGAAAGAAAUCGUAAAGAAUUCUGGCUGAAUAUUCAUUAAUAGAAAUAUAAUGAUUGGACAGGCAUAUGUACUGGAUUUAUGCAAAAGAAAAAGAGAUGAUGAUGGCGGUGAAAAAACCGAAAAGAACCAAACAGCUGCCUCAACGUUAGUAUCAGCCGGGGACCAGUCAACACAGGAAAUAUGUAACACGUUGCGAGUCAUUGAAUACUGCAAAGUAGAGCAGUUAGAUUAUGAUGACUGGGACGACAAUGAUAGUUUCAUUAAUAGCGACACGGAAAAUCACGAUAUUGAAGAACUUGUGCCAGAGGACCUUAGUUCAAAGGUUAAGGUCACUCAGAAUGACCCCGAGAUUGAGGAAUCAAAUAGAGAUGAUAGUAAUGUUAGUUCACUGCAGGCAGACAAACGUGAGUUAAAAAACAGUUCAACGGAAACCAAAGAAAACCGUGAAGAGCAUUUAAACAAACAAUCCAAAGAAGAUAUGUAUAGUUUCCAGUGUCCUGUAUGUCAUGUGACAUUCAAAUCAAAAGAUGUACUCCAGGAUCAUUUAUUUUCAACACAGGACAUUGUGCACAUGAAAGUCAACGUCGUACAGGAAGACAUAAUUAACCGCAAAGGACAUUUGAACGAAGGCAACAGACCUAUAGACUAUAAAAGCCCUUCAUCUCAGGAUUCAAGUUCCGAACAUUUAGAUCUAAACAUUGUCAAAGAUAACGAACUGGCCAAUAAACGUCAGCAAGAUAAACAUCUACCACUACAGAUUCGGUCCCCUAGCGCAAUUCCUGCACAUUUGCCGUUAGUGAAAGAAACGAGCUACGAAAGUAAUACGCGGGUGUAUGAAGUCUGGUUUAGGUCUUCGGACAGUGAGAUGGUAGACCCUCAUGUAUGUCUGGUGUGUUUAAAGAAGUUCUCGAGGCCGAGUGAUCUGAAACUUCACACGUUGCUACACACAAGCCAGAAACCGUUCAGAUGUGAAUAUUGCAAAAUACCAUUUCGAACCAAACUUGACAUGGAAUACCAUCUGAAAUUAACUCAUGCAGUGGAUAUAGACCUAAGUCUAGAAGACCGCUUCCUUCCGACGAAAACUCGUGCACAGACGAAUCUCAGCCGGAGUGGUCACCUAACGAGCAUCUCUAAAAUAAAUGGGUUAGAAUCAGAAAGUUACAACAGGGACAAUGUUGAUUUCGAUGAAUUAGAUGAUGAUGCCAAGUCGGCGAAUUCAUUUUGCCAAAAUACAGGUACUGGGUUGAAUAUUGCAUCAGACACACUAUCUAAGGGGGGAAAUUGUGAAACGGGUAACGAUUCUAAAUCGACACUAGAUCUGAGCAACUCGCGAUGCAGUAAUUUGACGAGCAGUGAAGUACAGUCGGCCAGUAAGAGCGAGGGAAUUGGUUUUGCCGUUGCACCAUUUAAAAGAAGCAAAUCGAAUACUCAGAACGAAACAGUCUUAGUCACCAGGCUAGAUCAGACCGGUGGAGAAAAUUCUCCUAUAUUCAAAUGCUACAUUUGCAGUAAAAUGUUUCCCACCCUAUGCAGUACGCAGAGUCACUUAUCGGUACAUAUUGAUAAGACUAACGUUUGUUAUCGGGGUUGCUUUUGUGACGACAUCUUCCAGCAGAAAGCUUACAUGCAGGACCAUUUGAGACGUAAGCACGCCCCUGAUAUCUCGGCAUUAUAUAGUACAAAGGAUUCUUCAUUUAUCAACGAUGUUCAGUCAGACGAGCAUAGUUCAUUUUCGUGCAGAUUUUGUCUUAAAAUGUUCGAUAAUAUGUUCUCACUUCAUAAACAUACACACCUUCAUACUUGGAGAAAGAAUUUUUGUUGUAAAAUAUGCGGCAAAACAUUCAGCCGGUACACCAAUAUGCAGAUUCACAUUUCCCGUCAUCAUAGGAAAAUUGUCGGAAAGUCCAAGCUGAGGCCAUCUUGGGUCAGAAGCAGACGGCACUUUGUAAAUGUUUCCAAAUUACCGCCCAAGCUUCUCACUGUUUUCCAGAAAAAAGCAUCGGACGAACUUUUAAAGCGUAUUAAAAAAACUUCAGUGCUCCUAUAUAAAGAUAAUACCAUCAAUAUUCCACAAUUCACACCAGCAGCAGACGGCAAUAUCUCUAACGUAGCAGAUACAGCUUUUCCCAAGCAUUUAUCAGAAAUGACGUCAGACAACCCAUUGAACUAUACAGACGAAAGUGAUGAUAAAAUAAGGACUGCCCCGACUGGGCCACUUUUACCGUUGAAGCGUGAUCUGUCACCAUGUGGACGAUCUUCCAGAAAAUCCACACUAGUUCAUUCAUCAUAUAAAAAUCACAAACCUUCAGACGACAGUGAUGUACUUCUCAAUUUUUCAAAAUCUGACAGAAAUCUUCAGGACACAAAUAACAAUAAAGCUUCAAAUGGCAUGUGCAAAGGUUUAUCAUCGGAAGUACAGCUACCGAUUAGUGCCUAUGAUAAGGAAGCGAUCGAGCGUACGUAUGUUCUCAGUUCGACAAAUCAUGUUGACUCCCUGACCAGUCAUUCGUCGUCAAGAUCUGAUACCUCACCAGAAGGUCGGGACAGCAAGGAUGGUAAACGUGAAAGUAUUCUCAGUCAUCCUAAGGCCCCGUUCGGCCAGGAGAAGGCGGGACCUCUUUUGUCGCCCAGUUCCACAGACACCGGUCACACUCUGACUAAGACGCGUUCAAGACUAAGGAUAGUGAAGUCACCUAUAGACCGGGAAGCGACGUGCAAAACUUUCACAUUAACAGACGGACGGACAGGAUAUAAAUGUACAAUUUGUUCCAGAAUAUUUACCUCGUAUGCAGAUAUCAAUCGACACAUAGACUUUCAUGAAGACAUACGGCCGUUCAAAUGUGAUUAUUGCGAUUAUAAUGCGAGAACGAGGAGUCAGAUCAAGAUCCAUAUGAUGAGACACCAAGGAAUAAAGAGGUUUGGUUGCAAACCAUGUAACUUCAGUGCGGUGAUUAAAUCUGACCUUCAGCGACACUUGCAGUCCAAUAUACACCAGCUGAAGUCCCGUAACGCAUGCCCUUAUUGCGGGAAGGGGUUCAUGGACCAGGUAAACUUGGAAAAACAUCUCGAUGGCAACUGCAUUGUAAACAGCAGAAACUACACGGUGCCGAACUAUUUCUACAUCUACAAUAAUAAAGAUUAGCUGAAAUGGGACUAUGUUUUAUCUCAGUUUGAAAAGAUGAGGCUAUUUCUGUUUUCAUCAAAAAGAUUGAUACGGACCAAACCUAUCUCUAAACGAAGAGUAUCGUCUAAACAAAAAUUAUAAAUGUUUGAAGGAAUGAGUUACCUAGGUUUACACUGUAAAUCAGGUGUUUUUUUUUGGGAUGUUUUGAUUGGCUGCCCUCAUGGUGAGAGUUUGCAUUUUGAAUUUUGGUGAUACGCUUUGACGUUGACUUUGCUUUAAGCAUAUGAGACAUCGGUCGGAUUGACUUGGUCAGAUGUAAAGAAAGAAGAAUUUUUAACAUUUCAUCAGGAAAAGCUAACAAGUAAUAACAAGAAUACUACAUUUGUGUCUUUUCACAAUGAGGAAUAAAAUUGAUAAAAUGCUCGGCAGAGCCUUGCAUUCUAUCAUUAAUAAAUUUAGUUUGAAAAGACACUCAUGUAAUAUCCUCUAUAUAUUCAUGUUUAAGUCUAAAUAUUUCAUAUUACUUAAAUAACUUGCUUAUUACAUGAACUGUUUCACUUAUGCAGUCUUGCGUUUCACAUGAUUUUCAGAGUAUAAAAUGUAGAGAUUUUUUAGGACGGUUCACAUUCAGGCUGAAAAGAUGCACUUGUUACCAUCAGGAAAAGGUUUAUGAAACAUUCAGCAGUUUUUGUAUGAUUUUACGCCCUUAAUGUCACUUUUAUGCAUAACUAGUAAAUCUAUUUAGUCAUUUAGUUUAUACUUAUGUAUUUUAGCUCGAUUGUGAUGAAAGCAUCAAGCUUAUUUGAACCAGUCUAAAGUCCGCUUCCUGGUGAAAAAAAAACAGCUACGGAGUCAUGUGAGAAGGUAUGAUAGUAUCCCCAUUGGGGCUUAAUCCACCAGCCCAGGGAUGCGCGACCGAUACCUUAACCACUAGACCACUGUUUCCCUUCUAAAAUAUAAGAUAUAGUCAUUUAUAUAGACCUGAACAGAAUCAAGUGUUUAAUAAUAAACUUUUUAUAACCGCACAGGUGGCUCACGGGUGGGGCAAUCACAAACGCCACAAUAUUGACCUGUGCAAAUAUCCUUACAGAUAAGUUCGUUACAGAUUAAUUCAAACGAUGUGAGUCAAGGCUAAUUUUACCAAUCUCCACAAACGUUUUGAUAUAACCACUCUUUCCUAAAAUAACAUGCAUGCUUUUUUCAGUUAUCGAACGGUUGUGUAGCCUUUUAGGUUCGGUUUAUAACAGGAUUUAUGAACCUGUUAAAAGAUAUCAAUCGUGGGUCAUACCCUCUGUUAGUAUCAUUGUAACCAGGUUAUUUAAUAAGCAGCUGUUACAUUAUGUUCAUUCAAGAGACCUAACUCCAGUAUUGAAACCAGUUAUAAAAUAUACUGAUUUUAUUGUUCUUACAGAUAUUUAUAUAAAUACAUGGCAUCUCUGAUUCCACUGAAUAUAUUAUGUAGUCAGAACUCUCGGAUUUUGCAUAUUAAAUACUUACUUUAUU